AUGGAGAACACCACAUCAACCAGCAAACAGUGCGAGCUGAGCGCCUACGCAGACACUGACGUCGGCGCUGCAAUUGUCACCGAUAACUACGACUUCUACAUGAAAGUAAACACCGGACAAUGCCCUGCAGACUUUGUGGAAUUCCGGGGAAACUGUUACCACAUUGAGACAACGUACAGGCCUCAGUGGCAAUCGGCGCGUGACCGUUGCAUCAACAUGGGAGCCAAUAUUAAUCUCGUUAGUCUGGAAUCACCGGGAGAAAAAGAUUUCCUGGCGCCAUACUUCAAAACACCAUGGUGGACCGGUGGCAACGACAUUGCUGUGGACACGCAGUGGGUUUGGAAUGCUACCGGAAGACAGGUAGACAUGUGUGAACCUACCGUGUGGGGUCCUUCUGAACCCACUAAUGCAGACAACAAAUACUACGUUAAGAUUGAUAAAGACAGUUACGCGUAUUCUUCCGGUAAUUGGGCACGUAAUUACGUCUGUGAGAAAUUCCAAGAGUAA